AUGGCCAAUUCAACAAUCUAUGCUAAUCAGACAUAUUGUGAUGAAGCUCUUUUCAACUUGCCGUCAUCAAUAUAUUUGGACUCUAUUCCACAAAUCAUAAACGGAGUUUGUCCUGACACCAUUUUCACACCAAUUUCAUCGAGCUUGGUCCUAUUGAACCAUCUUAUCAUUGUCUUUGUGGGGCUAGCUGGUGUCAUUUACAAACGCAACAAUGCUCAUAUAAGAUAUAGAAGUCCAGUUUAUUUGUAUUGGAGUAUGUUUGCUAGUACUCUCCUUGUGGGUAUUAGUUGUUUGAGGUUUAUGAUUGGGAGGACUAUCUUUCCAUGCCCGUUGCAUGCUGUUACCUUCUUUAUAUUUCCACAAGUUUUAAUGAUGCCGUCCAUUCUGAAAUGUUUUAGAGUGUUUCUUCUAUAUAGGAUAAAUUUGGAAAAAAGUAAAGUUCACAAUGAGGCUAGAUUUUCAAUUGCUGUUAAAGAAAAAGGCAUAGAAUUGGAGUCAAAGGAAUUAUCUGAAGGCUCUCCUGCUGUUGGUACGCCUGAAUUGAAUACCAGUUCAUCAAAUAUCAUGUCAAUUGCCACCGAUGAUGACAGAUCAAGUGAAGCAGGUGAAGCACUGUCUGAAAUUUCCACAACCCAAACUAGAAAAAUCAAAAUCCUUGAAUUUCUAGCCAGUACCAAAUUUGCCACCAUCAUUUACAUAUCCUUACUCAUUUUCCAUCUUUGUUUUUGGUUAAUUUUUUCAGGAAUUGACCAAGCAAUUUCCAAUUCAGGAAAUCCAGGCAAAACCAUCGUUCUACAAGUUGGUUUACUAGAUUUCACCAAAGGAUGUGUCUCCUCAUCCAAUGCAGUCCUCCUCGUAGCAGCUCAAUGCAUCUUUUACUUGAUUAUUGAAAUAAUCGUCUUUGUCUUGUUUGCUUUUUUCACAGAUCGAGAUACUUGGGGAAUGAAGAGAGAAACCUUUGUUCUGAUUUCGUUUCAAGUGGUGGCUGCCAUUUUAUACAUUGCUUUGGGGAGUAUUGGGAUUAUUAAGACUCUGGUUGAUUAUUUUGUGGCGUAUGCUCAUGUGAUUUUGAUUUAUGUUGGAUUGGAAUUGUGUGUGAAUGUUGUGGCACCUGUUGGAUAUGCAUUUAUGAUGGAUUGGAAGGAGGGAAGAGGAGAGGAGAUGGAUACAGUUGGAGGGUUUUUGCAGGAUAAAAAGAAUGUUGAAAAUUUGUUGGAUUUUGCCAGAAGAAGGUAA